AUGUUGGAUGACAGUAGCGAUGCUAGCAAUGUGGAGCAGACAGUCGUUUCUGUGCGCCUUGUUUAUGAUGGGGAGGUUGAAGACCAUAUGCUGGGUGUGGUGGAUUGCUCAGAUGAUCAGUCUGCUGAAAACCUUACUUCCAUAUUGCUCAGCACACUGGAAAAAUAUAAAGUAAUGCCAGCAACAUGCAAAGAAAAAGUUACUGGGCAAUCAUAUGAUGGUGCAGCUGUUAUGAGCGGCUCGCUUAAUGGGGUGCAAAAAAAGUGCAAGAACAUUAUCCAUUUGCUUUUUACAAUUAUUGCGUGGCUCAUGUCACUUUGUGCUGCACAGUCAGCAAUGAAAAUUCCGAAAAUUGCAAAAUUCUUCGGUAUUGUUGACAAGUUGAUAACAUUUUUUAGAAACAGCCCAAAGAGAACAACGAGUCUUGGCCACAAUCUCCCAAAACCAGGUGAUACGGCUAUAAGCACUAUCGAUACUCAUUACAAAGCGACUGGAACAGCGUUCUAUGAAAUAUCGCAUGAUGUAAAAGAGAAGACUGGAACACAAGCGAAUGCAAGGGGUUUUGGUACUCAAAUGCAGGAUGUGGAAUUUGUUUACUUUCUGAAACUUUACAGAAAGAUUUUUGAGUUGAGCACCCCGAUAGUCACCCUGAUGCAGAAACCUCCUUUGGACCCUGUUCAACUGAGGUCAAUGAUGAACGAUUUUGUAAACAUUUUAUCCAGUUUUAAUUUCAGUCAGGUCUGGGAGGACACUUUGCUUGCUGACCCUAACUUCUCAAGCGUUAGAGCAAGAACAGGAUGGAGGGCAAUGGAUCAAGAAAUAAAUGGCUCACAAAAUCUCAUUGCCGUUGAGAACAACCUUGAAAUCUUGUACGGAAAUAGCGAAAUAUUGACAAUACUUAACAAGGCAGUGUGCAAGAGAGAUGCUGUAGUCGCCAAGAAAAAGGAAAGUCGAAUGAAGCAUUUAACAGAAUCCGAGGAAACAGCAUUGGAUAUUGCAGUAGAAAGGAAGGCAUUAGACGAUGUUGAAGAAAAAAAUGAAUUUGAGAUCGAAAGUAAACAAGGUAUUGACUUCGAUUCAGUAAAGGAAGGGUACGCCGGUUUACAGGAUCUACUGUCCGUGAUAAAGGAUGCCGAGCUCGAAGAAGCCCUACCUCAAGUUAUGACAUUAUUGAAAUUAGCAGCCGUAACACCUCUCACCAGCGUGCACUGCGAGCGUGUUUUUAGUCGUAUUAAACGUGUAAUUUCGGAUUCAAGGUCAAGAAUGAAGCAAAGCAGAAAAGAACAAUUUUAA